AUGAUUAUAAUUUUAUUAUCUUCACUUUAUAUAGUUAAAUAAAUUUACUAAUAUUAUUCAUUCGGUUAAGCUGACGUAUAAGGUUUUAAUUUUAAUUUGAAAAAUAUUUCUGUCAGAAAUAUAAGAAAUUUCAAAAUGAACAUUUUACCAGGAACGGCAUCUCUGCUUGAAGAACUUGACAAAAAACUUAUGGUUUUACUAAGAGAUGGCAGAACAUUAAUUGGAUAUCUCAGAAGUGUUGAUCAAUUUGCUAAUAUUGUGCUCCAUCGUACAAUUGAAAGAAUUCAUGUUGGCAAAGAAUAUGGAGAUAUCCCAAGAGGCAUUUUUAUUGUCAGAGGAGAAAAUGUUGUUCUUUUGGGGGAAAUAGACAGAGACAAAGAAAGGGAUUUACCAUUAACUGAAGUAUCUGUUGAUGAUAUCUUAGAUGCACAAAGACGAGAACAAGAAUUAAAACAAGAUCAAAAGAGAUUAAUAAAUAAAACUUUGAAGGAACGAGGUUUAUCAUAUAUUCCAGAUAUGGGUCAUGAUGAUAUGUUCUGACCCAUAUCGACAUCAUUAACUACUAAUACUUUGUCAUCCACGUCUUCACAUAAUUCUGAAAUGUGUGAUUCAUGUUAUACAUCACUAUCUUUCUGAUAAUAUUUAGUGAUGAUAAUUUGUAAAAUGUAACUAUAUUACAUAAUUGUGAAGAUAAAAAUAGUUAUUAAUUAUGCCCAA